AUGUUCACUUUGACUUCCCUUUUGUUGCUCCUGAACAUUCCAAUUCUCAUGGUCAGUUUCAUUCAUUCCAGAUGCUUUUGGAGACUGAAGCCAAAUGAAGAUAAAGAAAGGAAUUUUUUGUUAAGUUGUCCUUUUGCCAUUGAACCAGUACAGAGGCCCAUGCACCUAGAGGAUUGGGAUAGCCUUCUGGAUAUACACAAAACAACUAAAAAGUACCCGUUUGAUCUGGCAUUGGCCUUUUCCUUGGAUGAAGUUAACAGGAACUCUCGUCUUUUGCCAAAUAUUUCUCUAAAGUUUAGAGACCUAGCAGCUGGUUGUAUUCUUCUGUCAGAAUUAUAUGAAAGGUUGAGUGCUGAAUUAGAAAAUGAGCUUUAUGCACUUUUACCUAAUUACCACUGUGAAAUGGAACCUUCAUGUGAUGUGUUGCUUACUGGUCCAAACUGGGAAACAUCAGCAGCAUAUCAGACAUACAUCUUACAACCUCAGGAGGUCCUUCAGCUCUCCUACGGACCUUUCCAUCCAGUCCUGGAUGAUCGUGAACAAUUUCCAUAUCUGAUUCAGAUGGCCCCCAAGGACAUAUCACUUGCCAUGGCCAUGGUCUCCUUUAUACUUUACUUCAGCUGGAACUGGAUUGGUCUAGUCAUCUCAGACAAUGAUGUCGGUAUUGAAUUUCUCUGGUAUUUGAGACAAGAGAUGGAGAAAAAUACAGUCUGCCUUGCCUUUGUGAACAUGAUCCCAGUCAACAUGCAAUUAUACAUGUCAAGAGCUGAUGUAUAUUACAACCAAAUGGUGACAUCAUCCACAAAUGUUGUUAUCCUUUAUGGUGACAUAGACAGUACUCUAGCUAUGAGCUCAAGAAUGUGGGACUCUCUAAGUACACAGAGAAUAUGGAUCACUACCUCACAGUGGGAUGUCAGUAUAAAUAAGAGGGACUUUCCCCUUGACUCACUGCAUUUAACUUUUGUUUUUGCACACCACCAUGCUGAUAUUUUAGGUUUAAAAAGUUUUUUGCGAUCAUUGAACCCAUUCAAAUACUCAGACAAAUAUCUGGCAAGCCAGGAGUGGAUGUACUUUACCUGUGAUGUCUUGUCAUCUAAAUUAAAAACACUGAAGAACUGCUCAUCCAGUACCUCAUUGGAUUGGCUAAUGGAACAGACUUUUGACAUGGCUUUUAUUGAUGGCAGUUAUCACAUAUACAAUGCUGUGUAUGCUGUGGCCCAUGCUCUCCAUGAGAUAGCUUUUCUACAGGCAGAUCAUCGGCCAAUGAUCUAUAAGCACAAGCUCAACGUUAAUUGCACAAAGCUGCACUCUUUUGUGAGGAAGACCCACUUCACUAAUCCUGUGGGUGACAGAGUGAAUAUGAACCAGAGAGAAAAACUAGGAGAGGACUAUGACAUUUACCAAGUUUCAAAAUUGCAACACAGUCUUGGACUUAAGGUGAAGAUAGGAAGCUUUAGCCCAUACUUUCCACGUAGUCAACAGCUCCAUUUAUCAGUAGAUGCGAUGGAGUGGGCCACAGGAGAUAAACAGAUGCUUCCCUCUGUAUGCAGUGAUGAUUGUGGUCCUGGAUUCAGGAAGUUCUCAAAGGAGGGAAUGGCAGCCUGCUGUUUUGAAUGCAGCCCAUGCCCAGAGAAUGAAAUUUCUAAUGAGACAAACAUGGAUGAGUGUGUGAUGUGCCCAGAGGACCAGUAUGCCAACCCAGAGCAAAACCACUGCAGGCACAAAGCUGUGGUCUUUCUAAGCUAUGAAGAUCCAUUAGGUAUGGCUCUUGCCUUAAUAGCCCUGUGCUUCACUGCAUUCACUGCUGUGGUCUUUGGAGUCUUUGUGAAGCACCAUGGCACUCCUGUUGUGAAGGCCAAUAACAGAACCCUCAGCUACCUCUUACUUAUGUCUCUCCUGUUCUGUUUCCUCUGCUCCUUGCUCUUCCUGGGCCGUCCGAACUCAGCCACCUGCAUCCUGCAGCAAAUCACAUUUGGAAUUGCAUUCACCGUGGCCAUUUCCACAGUUCUAGCCAAAACAAUCACUGUAGUUCUGGCUUUCAAAGUCACAGCCCCAAGACAGAUGAAGUACAUCCUUGUAUCAGGGGCUCCUAACUACGUCAUUCCCAUCUGCUCCCUAUCUCAAUGUGUUUUGUGUGUAAUCUGGCUAUGGUCUUCCCCUCCAUUUGUUGAUACUGAUGCACACUCUGAGCAUGGCCAUAUCAUCAUUUUGUGCAACAAGGGCUCAGUUACUGCAUUCUACUGUGUCCUGGGAUACUUGGCCUGUCUGGCUCUAGGAAGCUUCACUGUGGCUUUCUUGGCCAGAAACCUGCCUGACACGUUCAAUGAAGCCAAGUACCUGACAUUCAGCAUGCUGGUGUUCUGCAGUGUCUGGGUCAGCUUCAUCCCUGUAUAUCACAGCACCAAGGGCAAGGUCAUGGUUGCUGUGGAGAUCUUCUCCAUCUUGGCUUCCACUGCAGGGAUGCUUGGAUGCAUCUUUGUUCCUAAGGUCUACAUAAUUUUGUUAAGACCACACAGAAAUUCUGUUCAAAAGAUCAGGGAGAAAUGUUAUUCAUAA